UGCAUUCUCAGCAAUCUCAUUGGACAAUUCUUCUAAUUUCAGUGCAUGCUUACGAUUCCUAGACUUCUGGGUACUAGGAUACUGGAAAAGAGGUGUGCUUAUUCAACAGACGCAAAAAAUCUGAGACUGGAAACAAAAGCAGGAAGGAUGUCAUUCUCGUUACCGUUCAAGUAUAUCUCCGCCGAGCAACUGGCAGAAAUCAUAAAAGCUAAACCCGCGGAGACAUUGAAGGAUUUCGUUGUGGUAGAUGUGAGGGACAGUGACUUUGUGGGAGGCAAUAUUGUGUCGGCUCUGAACUACCCUAGUGAUACAUUCCAUGCAACUGUGGAUGAGUUGGUAGAAAAGCUGGAGAAGGUACCCAGGGUAGUUUUCCAUUGCUACCUCUCGCAAGCUCGAGGGCCUAAAGCAGCUAGAAUUUACGCUGAGACCCGCAAUCACCGUUACCCCAAUCCUUCAACGCCUCAAGAAAUUUUUGUCCUUCGCGAUGGAUUUUCAGGCUUCCAGACGCGUUACCGUGAUGACCCGGAAUUGAUCGAAAAGUUUAACAAGUACUAUCAUGAUUAGGCAGGCUUUUUUCUACCUCGGCGGUGAGCGGGUCCGUAGAGAGGUAUAACUAUGUAUAUACUUCAUCCAACCAUGCAUGCCAAAGAGCAACUA